GCGUGUUGGCAGAAGGAGCUGGACCUGCGCGGGGGGGGGGCCCUUUGUCAGGAUGCUCUGAGGAGGAGGAGGAUGCUCUGAGGAGGAGGAUCCUGCCACCGCCUGACGUUCGCACUUCGGUGGGGACCCUCCCUUGGAAUUCUAGCCUGGAAAAGGUUCCCUGCUUCCCUGUGAGCCAGGAUGAGCUCGGUGGCCAGCCCCGAGCCCCUGCCCGAGCCCCCCGGCCCCGGGCCCCGCUACCUGGAGAGCUUGGCCGAGGAGGACCCCGAGUACCUGCGAGCACGGAACAUGGCAGCGGACCUGAGGCAGGACUUCAACAUGAUGGAGCAGAAGAAGAGGGUCACCAUGAUCCUGCAGAGCCCGUCUUUCAGGGAGGAGCUGGAGAGCCUCAUCCAGGAGCAGAUGAAGAAGGGGAACAACUCGUCCCACAUAUGGGCCCUGCGGCAGAUCGCUGACUUCAUGGCCACCACGUCCCCUGCCGUCCUCCCCACCUCCCCCAUGGGGCUGGCGUCUGUCACCCCCAUCAAUGACCUGCAUGGCCCCGAGGCACCAGCACUGGCCAAGGGCGAGCGGCUGAUGCGCUGCAAGGUGGGCAGCAUCCACCGGCUGCUGGACCUCUAUGGCUGGGCCCAGCUGGGACACGCCGCUGUCACCCUACGUGUCAGCAAGGAACAGGAGCAUUUCUUGGUGGCCCCACAGGGGCUGGCAUGCAGCGAGGUGACAGCGGCCAGCCUGAUCAAGGUGAACGUGCUGGGGGCCGUGGUGGAGCAGGGCAGCACCAACUUCACCCCGGACGCCCGCAGCUUCAGCCUCCACGCCGCUAUCUACGCCGCCCGCCCCGAUACCCGCUGCAUCAUCCACUUGCACACACCGGCCACGGCUGCAGUAUCGGCCAUGCGCUGUGGUGUGCUGCCCAUCUCCCGCGCCGCGCUGCUGCUGGGGGACGUCGCCUACUUUGACUUCCGAGGGGAGGUGGAGGAUGAAGCCGAUCGGGUCGAGCUCCAAAAAUGCCUUGGCCCCACCUGCAAGAUCCUGGUGCUGCGCAACCACGGGGUGCUGGCGCUGGGUGACACCGCCGAGGAGGCCUUCUACAGCAUCUUCCAUCUGCAGGCGGCCUGUGAGAUCCAGGUGUCGGCGCUGGCGAGCGCGGGGGGCACGGACAACCUGAUCGUGUUGGAGCGCGCCAAGCACCGGCCCCACGAGGUGGGCUCCGUGCGCUGGGCCGGCAGCACCUUCGGCCCCAUGCAGAAGAGCCGCUUGGGCGAGCACGAGUUCGAAGCCCUGAUGAGGAUGCUGGACAACCUGGGUUACCGCACAGGGUACACCUACCGCUACCCCUUCGUGCAGGAGAAGAGCAAACCCAAAAGCGAUGUGCUGAUCCCCGCCACGGUGACAGCCUUCGUGUUCGAGGAGGAGGCCGCCCCUGUCCCCGCGCUGCGGCAGCACGCCCAGAAGCAGCAGAAGGAGAAGACGAGGUGGCUCAACACCCCCAACACCUACAUGAGGGUCAACGUGGCUGAGGAGCAGCAGGGCAGUGCUGGAAGCCAGAAGACCAAGACGACGUGGCUGAAAGCAGACGAGGUGGAAAAAGGCAGCAGCGGGACCCCCAUCCGAAUUGAGAACCCCAACCAGUUCGUGCCCCUCUACACGGACCCACAGGAGGUGCUGGAGAUGAGGAACAAGAUCCGGGAGCAAAACCGCCAGGACGUGAAGUCAGCAGGACCCCAGUCCCAGCUACUGGCCAGUGUGAUCGCUGAGACCAGCCGCAGCCCUUCCACAGAGAGCCAUUUGGGAGAUGCAGAAGCCAAAGAAGCAUCCCGGGAUGAAGCCCCUCCAGAGCCAGAGCCCCCCAACCCCUUCAGCCAGCUGACGGACCAGGAGCUGGAGGAGUACAAGCAGGAGGUGGAGAGGAAAAAGCUGCAGGGCGAGAAGGCUGCUGUGGCCGAGGAGAGCCAGGCUCCCCCUGCUUCCCCACCACAGAGCCCGGCACCGGCACAGAGCCCGGCCCCGACGCCUGCGGAGCCCUCGGAGGGUGACAAGAAGGAGGAUGGUGGCCAAGCACCAGCUGAUUCUGCUGUUGAGAAGGAGCCACCAACAGUGGUGAAUGGGAAGGAUGAGGAGCAAAGCACCGAGGAAAGCAAAGCUGGCGACCGGACAACCUCCCCUGCCAACACCGACACGGAUGCCCCUAAGGAGAAGGAGACAGUGACCAGCAGCCCCGUGUCCCCCGAAGGUUCCCCCUCCAAAUCCCCCUCGAAGAAGAAGAAGAAAUUCCGGACCCCGUCUUUCCUGAAAAAAGGCAAAAAGAAGGAAAAGAUUGAAUCUUGAGUGUCCUCCGAGGCCUCCCGCCGCAGCGGCGGCCCGGAAACCUCUCCGGAUGGAGGCACCAAAGAGAGAGAGGGACGGCUCCUGCAGCUGAAAAGCCCAGAGACGAGCUGUUUUCUGAGUACUCCUGGCACGAGGCACCUCGUCCCCUUGUCACCCGCUUUUGGAGGCGGUCACUGAGCUUACGAAAGAUUGUGGCCCCCGUUUGCCGCUUGGGGAAAUACCCGCUGCGAUCUCCCUUCUCCCACGAGCAUCCCCUUCUCCUUCCUGGGCACCAGCCCCUUUCCCAGUCACGGAUUGAGGGUUGGAUUCGGGGUGUUUGUCCCCCAGCCACCCUCGUGAAACGUGGGGCGCAGCUCGGAUGCGCUUGGUUUGAGGAAGAAAAGGGUGUUUUGUUGUUCUUUUUCUACCUUCUUGUUCCAAGCUCCAUGGGAAUGGCACUGGCUUCACCCCCUGGGCAAAAUUGUUUGCUGCUUUGCCAAGGGAAUUGGAUCAGAAUGGGGGGGAUUGCUCUUCCUGAAGGAGAGGCCACGACCAUGGGCUUGUGAGCCUUUCCUUUAUGGAUCGUAAUCUUCCUGUCCUUGGGCUGGAGAGCCGCUUUGAGUCCCCUUCUCCCGGUGCUGCUGUCUCUGUCUUUGCUGUAUGAGGAAGAGCAGCAGGAUUUCCCACCACCAGACCUGCACCUGAGAAGGGAGAAGAAAAGAGCCUCUGGGAAGUGUCUGUGUUAUUAAAACUGAGCAAAACUUCACUCACUAAGUGCUACUUCGGGAUGAACACACGCUGCCAAUUCACUGCCGAUGCCGCCAUCCCCACCACCCCUUCACCACGACACCGGCACCCGCCGCUGGUUGUGCCAGGUCUCUGCUCACGCCAACACCAUCCACAUGCUUUUCCCAAGCUCUGGAAUCCCAAGCACAAGUUAAACUCCUCCCUGGUCUUUCCUUCCCACCCAGCCUCGCCUUCAGCGCUCCAUGCAGCGACAUGACCAUCAUUCCAACCUCCCGGCCGUGCCUGAAGGGAAGACAAGACCCAGUGAUGAUGAUUUGCCCUGACACUGCUCCAGCGCUGGUAUUUAGGGGGCAAAACCAAUGGGAUCAGCUCCCGUUCUCCCACAAGCCACAGGGAUUUGCCAUCUUCAUGGGGACGGGGCUUCCUUGCCACAGCCCAAGUGUCCAGUGGGUCCUGUCCGCUGGUGAGCCCCAGAAUCCAUGGGCAGUGGGUUUUCUCAACCCAAUCUGAUAUUCCCACAUUUUCAAAGCCACCACUACGUUUUCAAAGCCUUUUUGCUGCUGGGAGGCAGCUCUUGGCUUUUAUUUUCCCCUCCAGAAGAGCAAAAAGUCAAAGGGAGGAGGUUUGUGAAUGCAGGUUCGUUUUUCCUUGCAGGGCAAGUAAGUUGAAAAGUAAAACAUCAGUUCCAGAGAUCAAAAGAGAGGACCCAGAGCUCCCAAAUUCACCAUCGAUGAGGACAAGCACCAGCCCUGUGCUUUAUAUCAGCCUUUGAGAUGCUCUGUACCUGUUUCCCAUGGGGUGUUGUUAACUGCCACUGAUUCUAAAGCUCUUUGUGGCCACUUCUGGCAUCGAGCCUGCCCCCCCUGCAUGACCCAAGCCACAGAAGCCCCAUAGGGAUGGCUGCGUUGCCUCUCGAGAUGCCAUGGUUGAUUCAUUAUAACACUGCCGCACACCCCGGUAUCUCUGAAGCUCUGUCCCCAGAGGCUUUGCAAUUCCUUUCUCCAGGGAUUUUAGAGGAGACAGGGAUUUAUUUCCCCAUUUGGAAGCCAGGGGUGCAUUAAGCAUCCCAUGCAGCGUAGGGAAGCAAGAGCCACUGAUGCCUUCAGCAGGGAGGAAGGCUCAAAUAGAUGUCACCAUGAUGUUGGUCCUCGCUGCUUAGCUGGAGGAAAGCAGAUACAGGAUUACAUUGACAUGUCAGGGCAGCCCUGGGCCCUUUCCAUCCUCUGGAUAACUUGGAUAACUUGGAUAACUCUCCCUCUGUCCCCUGCCAGUGUUUUACCCACUAUUGCAGCAGGCAGGCCAUUGGCUUGCUGCUUCCUUCUCCUUCCAGCCCCAGGCUGGGCUCUGGAUGUAGGAAUCUUGAAGCAGGGAAGCGGGAAUGUGUCCCUGGAGGCAAACCAUUGAUCCAAGAGGUGCCGGUUGCUGCCCAUGCGCCUUUUGCUCAUCACCCUCCAUGUCUGCACCCCUAAUUGAGAAGGAGAGAGGCCAGUUCCAACGUGGGCCACGGGAAAUGAGGAUGAUGAUGGGGUUCCUAUGGCUAUUGCUGCUUGGGGCUGGCAGGCACCCCGCAAGGGUCCCAUCGAGGGUGCGGGUGCUGAAGACCCCCCGAAAUGAAGCCGAGAGGAGGCUGCGCGCCCCGGCUCUGCCACUGGGGGCCGAGGGGAGGGCAACCGCCGGUGUCUGACAAUCGCUGUGUAACGCUGUGUGUAAAUAAACCCCGUGUUUGGCACCUCCA